UCAAAGUUCUCUUGAAUGAAUUAUUCAAUUGAAUUGGUUUGUUUCUGAACUUGACUAAUUUACGCGAAGUAUGAACUUAUUUACGCGGAGUAUGAACUUUUCCAUAAGAUUGUUUCGUAAUUAUUGUACUUGGAGACAAUUGAAUUUCAAUAGAUUAAAGCAUCCUACAAAAAUCCCGCAAUGCUAUGAGACGAAUAUAACAAAAUCCAACAACAUAAGGAUUGAUUCCAAAACAUUGCAAUUGCUAGAGAGGCUUUCAUUAGUAAAUUUGGACGGACGUGAAGCUUUUGAAGUAUUGCAGAAAAGCAUAUGUUUUGCUGAAAGUAUUGCUAACACGGAUACUGACAAUAUUAAACCGGUCUAUAGAAUUUUAUUCGAGGAGCCCCUAUAUUUACGCUUGGAUGUAGUCACCGAAGGGAAUUGUCGAGAUGAUAUAUUACAGAACGCUCAAGUCACCGAUGAGGAUUAUUUUAUAGCACCUCCGGGCAAUGUCCCAUUACACCAAGGCAACGUGUCACUGUAAUCUCUUAAGGCUUAAUAAAUAAUACCGAAUGAACAUGCCGAAUUUGUUUUCUGUUCAUUUCAAUCCA